AGACCCCGAAGGUCCCCCGCUAAAAGUGGCCGCGGGGCCCCGGACAGCGGCAGCGCGGCUCCAGCUGCCGGUACCGAAGUCCUUCGGGGCGUGGGCAGGGGAAGGAGCAGGGCGCUGUGGGGCAGGAAGGCCCCAGCGGAGCCCCCGAGCAGCGGGUGGCCUGCCGCGUUCCGCACCUACGGGCUGGGCCCGCUCCUGCGUCCGUCCCGUUCGUAAGCCUUGGCAGCGUGUGCUCGCCGCGGUGUUCGGCGUGGCCUAGAUCAACUCAUGUGUAGGAUGUUGUGGGUCUGUGAAGCACCUUAGCCGUUUCUUUCCCUCCUCCUAGAAGGCCGGGUGUCUCAGGAAAGCCGCGCUUUUUUAUCGCAAGAAUUAAGUGGCACCCAGGAACAGCAGCGGAUUAUCGACCUGCUGGGUGGAUGGCGGCGCCAUUAGCAAUGUCCCUUCCUUCCUGGAAACUCAGCAAAGAGUUAGCGUUCCCAGGCUGUUGGAGCUCUUCCGUGUUAACGGAUGAUAUUUGCUAUGUGCCCCGUAAGUCCUGCCCUGGGACUCGGUGAGCGGUGGGGUGCCCGAUGCCUGUAAUCCCCAUUCCCCGCCGGGUCCGCUCGUUCCACGGCCCCCACACGACCUGCCUGCAUUCGGCCUGUGGCCCGGUAAGGACCACUCACUUGGUGCGCACCAAGUACAACAAUUUCGACAUCUAUCUGAAAUCCCGAUGGAUGUACGGAUUCAUUCGUUUCCUGCUGUACUUCAGCUGCAGCCUGUUUACCUCCAUCCUCUGGGUGGCACUCUCUAUCUUGUUUUGCCUUCAGUACCUUGGCAUCCGGAUCUUUCUGCGUUUCCAGUACAAACUCUCCAUCAUCCUCCUCUUACUGGGGCGAAGGCGGGUAGACUUCAGCCUCCUGAAUGAACUGCUCAUCUACGGAAUUCAUGUGACCAUGCUGCUAGUGGGGGGGCUGGGAUGGUGUUUCAUGGUAUUUGUGGAUAUGUAAAUAAACCAAGCGCAUGUGGGCUAAGAAGGUGACUUUUCUUCUACCCCCAAAUGUGUCAAUUAUCCUCUUUUCUUUUUUAUAUAAAUUAAUUUAUUUAUCAGUGCUACUUUUUAUUGAUAAAUUAAUGUACUUGUCUCU